AUGCGCCGCAUCCGGCGGUUGCGGGCAGUCUGGGAUGGCGGCGGGGUGGAGCAGCGCCGGUGCGGGGGGAUGCCAAGGAAAUGGCAGGGCGGCAGGAGGGUAGAAGGAAUCAACGCGCGCGGUAGAGGCAGGCGUCACGGCGGCGGGCGCGUGCUGAGCGCCGUGGUGCUUGCGCUCGUGGGCGGGGUUUUGCAUGGCGGGCGCGCGUGGCGCGGAGGGGCCCUGGGGAUGGGGGGAAGCGCGGACGACGCCAGUGGCGGCUCGGAGCAUGCACGGGCCUUGUACAGGGUCAGUGGCGGGCGGGCAGCAGCGUUGUCAUGUGGGCACAGUCGUAGUAGCGCCCUUGUCAGGUCAGUCGCGCCCCGCCCUCCUCCCUCCCAUCCCACGUGCAAACCUCACGCACUCUUCCGCUCUCUCCCUCUCCUCGCUCUUCCUUUCCCCGCCUUCCCCUUCCCGCCUCUCAGCACUGGGAGAGCGCGUACGGCCUCGACGCCUUGUCGCUGCUGCCGCCGCCCGACGUCACUCUCCCCCCUGGCGUGCCCCGCGCGCCGCACCUGGAGAAUUGCGCACAGCGGACGGCGUGGCGGGAGCGCAUGGAGGCACGCGGGCGCAACGGGGAGGCCCCCGCGUGGGCUCGUCCUUCCGCGUGCGGGGGGGUGCCGCAGCCGCCAUGGGUGGGUGCAGCCCGCCCUGUAUUCCCGUUAUUGCAUGCUCCUUUACAUGCCCGCGGCGUGGCGUGCAGCAGCGGGUGGGUACGAGUGCGCAGCAGCAGAGCGCCAUGGGGGGCCAUGCAUGCAGUGGCACGCGCAGCACACUCUUGGGGACCCACCGCCAGGUGCACUGCCCCUACGCCCGCCCAUGAGCGCACCCCGUGAGCUGCGCGCAGCCAUGGGCGGGCUGAAGCGCCCACCCAGGGCGCACAGCGAACCUAGCGGGACGCGCGAGGCGCAGAGGGACAUAUGGGAGCAGCAGUUCCCGGCGGCAUGUGCGGGGCGGCGCCUGGUGGUGGUGCCGUGGCUGAACGUGGCGUCCUUUGGGCUGGGCGCGCAGCUGCACGUGGUCUCCGCCAUCCUGGCCGCCGCGCUGCUCCACAACCGCACACUCGUCAUGCUGCCACACUCCAUGGCGCACGCUGACCACGCCCACUGUGAAGCGGUGGGCGAGCGGGGGUCGUUGAGCUGCUACUUCUUCCCCAUGGCAGCGCGCGAGUGCGAGGCAGUGGCCAUGGCGGCGUACCACAGUGCCGCCAUGCUCAAGUGUGACAACUCCUCCGUGCUGGUCUCGCCUGCACCGGUCGUGUUCGGCUGUGGACCCAAGCUGGGCCAGGACUCUGCUGUUGUCGGGCGGUGGGGCGAGGCAUACAAGGAGCGGGAGGUGGUGCAGGAGGUGGAGGGCGCCCUCUAUGCACGCAUGGACGACAAGAUCCGCAAGAAGCACUGGUGGCGAGCGCAGUCAGUGCGCUUCAUGCUGCGCUGGCCCUCGCGCCACCUCUGCCACCUUAUCAACCGCGAGCGCCACACUGCCUAUGGCAUGCACGUGGCAGCACAGCUCGCCGCCGCAGCACAUCAGGCAGCACUGCUCUCCAUGCUCCUCUCCUCCAAACCCCACUCUCAUCCCGCUGCCUUCGCCUCUCCCCCAUCUUCCUCCCCUCCUUCUCCCUCUCCCUCCCCACCUGCCCCUCUUGCUCUUACGGGCAUGCCCAGCAUACCUCCCCCGUCCGCGCUUGAAUCGCAUGCAUGGCCGCUGCUGGGUUAUGACGCCUGUGAUGACGCCACCGCUGCCAGUGCCACGCUCACAGCGGCACUCCCCCCUGACCCCGCACCUGCCGUGCCAGCACCCAGCCCUGCAGCAGCGCCUGGCGAUGCCCCUCCCUUGCCGCCUGAGCAGUGGAGUGCAGCGGAGGCGGCGGUGCUGGUGGGGGGGGCGGUGCACAUGCCGCGGCCCGUGGUGAGUGUGCACGUGCGGCAGGGCGACAAGGCGCGGGAGAUGCGCCUCUUCUCCUUCUUCGCCUUCAUGCACCGCGCCAACCGCCUGCGCCGCCUCGACCCCAACCUCAAGGCCGUGUGGCUCAGCACCGAAAUGCAGAGUGUGGUGGAGCAGACAGCCUUGUUCCCCGAUUGGACCUUCUACUAUUCGCGCUUGCCCCGCCAAGGUGCCCGCGAGGCCAUGGCGAAUUACUCCACUGCCACCGGCCUUGCAACGGUGGUGGGGGCUAGCUUUGCCAACCUACUUAUCGCGUCUGAGUGCGACUAUUUUGUGGGGACUCUAGGGUCCAACUGGAACCGCCUCAUUAACGAGCUCAAGUCAACUAAUGGUCGCCUCUUUUCUGGCUAUGUAUCACUCAAUUUUGGCGAAUGGUAG